GUCUUCUUGGUGCCAGCUUAUCAAUCCCAAACUCUGAGUGUAAAAGAUUCUGCAGGGCACUUUCUUAUGCAAGGAGCUAAACAGUGAUUAAAGGAGCAGGAUGAAAAGAUGGCACAAUCAGUGCUGGUACCGCCAGGACCUGACAGCUUCCGCUUCUUUACCAGGGAAUCCCUUGCUGCUAUUGAACAACGCAUUGCAGAAGAGAAAGCCAAGAGACCCAAGCAGGAGCGCAAGGAUGAGGAUGAUGAAAAUGGCCCAAAGCCAAAUAGUGACUUGGAAGCAGGAAAAUCUCUUCCAUUUAUUUAUGGAGACAUUCCUCCAGAGAUGGUGUCAGAGCCCCUGGAGGACCUGGACCCCUACUAUAUUAAUAAGAAAACAUUUAUAGUAUUGAAUAAAGGGAAAGCAAUCUCUCGGUUCAGUGCCACCCCUGCCCUGUACAUUUUAACUCCCUUCAACCCUAUUAGAAAAUUAGCUAUUAAGAUUUUGGUACAUUCUUUAUUCAAUGUGCUCAUUAUGUGCACUAUUCUAACCAACUGUGUGUUUAUGACCAUGAGUAACCCUCCAGACUGGACAAAGAAUGUGGAGUACACCUUUACAGGAAUUUAUACUUUUGAAUCACUUAUUAAAAUACUUGCAAGGGGCUUUUGUUUAGAAGAUUUCACAUUUCUACGGGAUCCAUGGAAUUGGCUGGAUUUCACAGUCAUUACUUUUGCAUAUGUGACAGAGUUUGUGGACCUGGGCAAUGUCUCAGCGUUGAGAACAUUCAGAGUUCUCCGAGCAUUGAAAACAAUUUCAGUCAUUCCAGGCCUGAAGACCAUUGUGGGGGCCCUGAUCCAGUCGGUGAAGAAGCUCUCGGAUGUCAUGAUCCUGACUGUGUUCUGUCUGAGCGUGUUUGCUCUAAUAGGGCUGCAGCUGUUCAUGGGCAACCUGAGGAAUAAGUGUUUGCAAUGGCCCCCAGAUAAUUCUUCCUUUGAAAUAAAUGUCACUUCUUUCUUUAAUAACUCACUGGAUGGAAAUGGUACCACUUUCAAUAGGACAAUGAGUAUUUUUAACUGGGAUGAAUAUAUCGAGGAUAAAAGUCACUUUUAUUUUUUGGAAGGACAAAAUGAUGCUCUGCUUUGUGGCAACAGCUCAGAUGCAGGACAAUGUCCAGAAGGAUACAUCUGUGUGAAGGCUGGUAGAAACCCCAACUAUGGCUAUACAAGCUUUGAUACCUUUAGUUGGGCCUUCUUGUCCUUAUUUCGUCUCAUGACUCAAGACUUUUGGGAAAACCUUUAUCAACUGACAUUACGUGCUGCUGGAAAAACAUACAUGAUAUUUUUUGUGCUGGUCAUUUUCUUGGGCUCAUUCUACCUAAUAAAUCUGAUCCUGGCUGUGGUGGCCAUGGCUUAUGAGGAACAGAAUCAGGCAACACUGGAAGAGGCUGAGCAGAAAGAAGCUGAGUUUCAGCAGAUGCUUGAACAGUUAAAAAAGCAACAAGAAGAAGCUCAGGCAGCAGCUGCUGCAGCUUCUGCUGAAUCAAGGGAAUUCAGUGGUGCCGGGGGCGUUGGCGUUUUCUCAGAGAGUUCUUCAGUAGCAUCAAAGUUGAGCUCCAAAAGUGAGAAAGAGUUGAAAAACAGAAGAAAGAAAAAGAAGCAAAAAGAACAGUCUGGAGAAGAAGAGAAGGAAGAUGGAGUCCGAAAAUCUGAAUCCGAAGACAGCAUAAGAAGAAAAGGUUUCCGUUUUUCCUUAGAAGGAAGUAGGCUGACAUAUGAAAAGAGAUUUUCUUCUCCACACCAGUCUUUAUUGAGCAUCCGUGGCUCCCUUUUCUCUCCAAGACGCAACAGUAGGGCGAGCCUUUUCAGCUUCAGAGGUCGAACAAAGGAUGUUGGCUCUGAGAAUGACUUUGCUGAUGAUGAGCACAGCACUUUUGAGGACAAUGACAGCCGAAGAGACUCUCUGUUUGUGCCACACAGGCAUGGAGAACGACGUCACAGCAAUGUCAGCCAAGCCAGCCGCACCUCCAGGGUGCUCCCCAUUUUGCCCAUGAAUGGAAAGAUGCACAGUGCUGUGGAUUGCAAUGGCGUGGUAUCCUUGGUAGGGGGACCCUCUGCCCUCACAUCUCCCACUGGGCAGCUCCUACCAGAGGGCACAACUACUGAAACAGAAAUAAGAAAGAGACGGUCCAGUUCUUACCAUGUUUCCAUGGAUUUGUUGGAAGAUCCCACAUCAAGGCAAAGAGCAAUGAGUAUAGCGAGUAUUUUGACCAACACCAUGGAAGAACUUGAAGAAUCUAGACAGAAAUGCCCACCUUGCUGGUAUAAAUUUGCUAACAUGUGUUUGAUUUGGGACUGCUGUAAACCAUGGUUAAAGGUGAAACAUCUUGUCAACCUGGUCGUGAUGGACCCUUUUGUUGAUCUGGCCAUUACCAUCUGCAUUGUCUUAAAUACUCUCUUCAUGGCCAUGGAGCACUACCCCAUGACAGAACAGUUCAGCAGUGUAUUGUCCGUUGGAAAUCUGGUCUUCACUGGAAUCUUCACAGCAGAAAUGUUUCUCAAGAUUAUUGCCAUGGAUCCAUAUUAUUACUUUCAAGAAGGCUGGAAUAUUUUUGAUGGUUUUAUUGUGAGCCUUAGUUUAAUGGAACUUGGGUUAGCCAAUGUUGAAGGAUUGUCAGUUCUUCGAUCAUUUCGGCUGCUCCGAGUUUUCAAGUUGGCAAAGUCCUGGCCCACACUAAAUAUGCUAAUUAAAAUAAUUGGCAAUUCCGUGGGGGCACUGGGUAACCUCACCUUGGUGUUGGCCAUCAUUGUCUUCAUUUUUGCUGUGGUUGGCAUGCAGCUCUUUGGUAAGAGCUACAAAGAAUGUGUCUGCAAGAUUUCCAAUGAUUGUGAACUUCCACGCUGGCACAUGCAUGACUUCUUCCACUCUUUCUUGAUCGUGUUCCGUGUGCUGUGUGGAGAGUGGAUAGAGACCAUGUGGGACUGUAUGGAGGUCGCUGGUCAAACCAUGUGCCUUACUGUCUUCAUGAUGGUCAUGGUGAUUGGAAACCUAGUGGUUCUGAACCUCUUCCUGGCCUUGCUCUUGAGUUCCUUCAGUUCUGACAAUCUUGCUGCCACUGACGAUGAUAAUGAAAUGAACAAUCUCCAGAUUGCUGUGGGAAGGAUGCAGAAAGGAAUCGAUUUUGUUAAGAGAAAAAUACGUGAAUUUAUUCAGAAAGCCUUUGUUAGAAAGCAGAAGGCUCUAGAUGAAAUCAAACCCCUUGAAGAUCUAAAUAACAAAAAAGACAGCUGUAUUUCCAACCAUACCACCAUAGAAAUAGGCAAAGACCUCAACUAUCUCAAAGAUGGAAAUGGAACUACAAGUGGUAUAGGCAGUAGUGUUGAAAAGUAUGUUGUGGAUGAAAGUGAUUACAUGUCAUUUAUAAACAACCCCAGCCUCACUGUGACCGUCCCAAUUGCUGUUGGAGAAUCUGACUUUGAAAACUUAAAUACUGAAGAAUUCAGCAGCGAGUCAGAUAUGGAGGAAAGCAAAGAGAAGCUAAAUGCAACUAGUUCCUCUGAAGGCAGCACGGUUGACAUAGGAGCGCCCGCUGAGGGGGAACAACCUGAGGCUGAACCUGAAGAAUCUCUUGAACCUGAAGCUUGUUUUACAGAAGACUGUGUACGGAAGUUCAAGUGUUGUCAGAUAAGCAUAGAAGAAGGCAAAGGGAAACUCUGGUGGAACCUGAGAAAAACUUGCUACAAGAUAGUGGAGCACAAUUGGUUUGAAACCUUCAUUGUCUUCAUGAUCCUGCUCAGCAGUGGGGCUCUGGCCUUUGAAGAUAUAUACAUUGAGCAGCGAAAAACCAUUAAGACCAUGUUAGAAUAUGCUGACAAAGUUUUCACUUAUAUAUUCAUCCUGGAAAUGCUUCUAAAGUGGGUUGCAUAUGGUUUUCAAAUGUAUUUUACCAAUGCCUGGUGCUGGUUAGACUUCCUGAUUGUUGACGUCUCAUUGGUUAGCUUAACGGCAAAUGCAUUGGGUUACUCAGAACUUGGUGCCAUCAAAUCCCUCAGAACACUAAGAGCCCUGAGACCAUUGAGAGCCUUAUCCCGCUUUGAAGGAAUGAGGGUGGUUGUAAAUGCUCUUUUAGGAGCCAUCCCAUCCAUCAUGAAUGUACUACUGGUCUGCUUGAUCUUUUGGCUAAUAUUCAGUAUCAUGGGAGUGAAUCUCUUUGCUGGCAAGUUUUACCAUUGCAUUAACUUCACCACGGGCGAGAUGUUUGAUGUCAGCGUGGUCAACAACUACAGCGAAUGUAAAGCCCUCAUAGAGAGCAAUCAAACUGCCAGGUGGAAAAACGUGAAAGUGAACUUUGAUAAUGUGGGACUUGGAUAUCUUUCUCUGCUUCAAGUAGCCACAUUUAAAGGAUGGAUGGAUAUCAUGUAUGCAGCUGUCGACUCACGAAAUGUAGAAUUGCAACCCAAGUAUGAGGACAAUCUGUAUAUGUACCUUUAUUUUGUCAUCUUCAUUAUUUUUGGUUCAUUCUUUACCCUGAAUCUUUUCAUUGGUGUCAUCAUAGAUAACUUCAACCAACAGAAAAAAAAGUUUGGAGGUCAAGACAUCUUUAUGACAGAAGAACAGAAGAAAUACUACAAUGCAAUGAAAAAACUUGGUUCAAAGAAGCCACAAAAACCUAUACCUCGACCUGCUAACAAAUUCCAAGGCAUGGUUUUUGAUUUUGUAACCAAGCAAGUCUUUGAUAUCAGCAUCAUGAUCCUCAUCUGCCUCAACAUGGUCACCAUGAUGGUGGAAACUGAUGACCAGAGUCAAGAAAUGACGAACAUUCUGUACUGGAUUAAUUUAGUGUUUAUUGUUCUGUUCACUGGAGAAUGUGUGCUAAAACUAAUUUCUCUUCGCUAUUAUUAUUUCACAAUUGGAUGGAAUAUUUUUGAUUUUGUAGUGGUCAUUCUCUCCAUAGUAGGUAUGUUUCUGGCUGAGUUGAUAGAAAAAUAUUUUGUGUCCCCUACCCUGUUCCGUGUGAUCCGCCUCGCCAGAAUUGGCCGAAUCCUACGUCUGAUCAAAGGUGCAAAGGGAAUCCGCACAUUGCUCUUUGCUUUGAUGAUGUCCCUUCCUGCAUUGUUUAACAUCGGCCUCCUGCUCUUCCUGGUCAUGUUCAUCUACGCCAUUUUUGGGAUGUCCAACUUUGCCUAUGUUAAGAGGGAAGUUGGAAUUGAUGACAUGUUUAACUUUGAGACUUUUGGCAACAGCAUGAUCUGCCUGUUCCAGAUCACCACCUCUGCUGGGUGGGAUGGAUUGUUAGCACCUAUUCUCAAUAGUGGACCACCCGACUGUGACCCUGAGAAAGAUCACCCCGGGAGCUCUGUUAAGGGAGACUGCGGGAACCCAUCUGUUGGGAUUUUCUUUUUCGUCAGUUACAUCAUCAUCUCCUUCCUGGUGGUAGUGAACAUGUACAUCGCUGUCAUCCUGGAGAACUUCAGUGUUGCUACGGAGGAAAGUGCAGAGCCCCUGAGCGAGGAUGACUUUGAGAUGUUCUACGAGGUUUGGGAGAAGUUCGACCCCGAUGCAACCCAGUUCAUAGAGUUCUCCAAGCUCUCUGAUUUUGCCGCUGCCCUGGACCCACCUCUUCUCAUAGCAAAACCAAACAAAGUACAGCUCAUUGCUAUGGACCUGCCCAUGGUCAGUGGUGACCGGAUCCACUGCCUUGACAUUUUGUUUGCUUUCACAAAGCGUGUUCUGGGUGAGAGUGGAGAGAUGGAUGCUCUUAGAAUACAGAUGGAGGAGCGGUUCAUGGCAUCAAACCCCUCCAAAGUCUCUUAUGAGCCUAUUACCACCACUUUGAAGCGCAAACAAGAGGAAGUGUCCGCUAUUGUUAUCCAGAGGGCUUACAGACGCUACCUCUUGAAGCAAAAGGUUAAAAAGGUUUCAUCUAUAUAUAAGAAAGACAAAGGCAGAGAAGGUGAUGGGACGCCUAUUAAAGAAGACAUACUCAUCGACAAACUAAACGAGAAUUCAACUCCAGAGAAAACCGAUGUGACGCCUUCUACCACUUCUCCACCUUCAUAUGAUAGUGUCACCAAACCAGAAAAAGAAAAAUUUGAAAAAGACAAAUCAGAAAAGGAAGACAAAGGGAAAGAUAGCAGGGAAAGUAAAAAGUAGAAAGAAGCAAAGACUAUUCCAUUUUUGUGAUCAAUUGUUUACAGCCUGUGAUAGUGAUGUAUUUGUGUCAACAG